CGAGACGUUCAGUCGGCUGCCGACAGCCGUCCGUGCCACGCGGUUGUUCGUGUCGCUCGGCCCGAGUUUCAUCGAACACAUCGGGUCUCUCCUCGGAUCUCUUCCCCGGCUGGAUCCAUCUAGUCCUGGUCCUUCGGACACGAAGAUAUAUCCGCUCCGCUCUCGAUCCAGGAUCGCGUUUCCCGCCGAGCCUCGAACGUUGUUCGCGAGUGCAUCAUGAGACGCGUCGUCGUCGUCUUCGUCGUUGUCGUCCCGACGCGGCAGUUCUCGUAGAAUCGUCUGCAUCAGUCGCCUUGGAUUUUCCUCGCUUGGGAAAUUGAAUCGCCGAGCAUCCAGGAGGCAAGAAGGUUGCCGAGCAUGAAAGUGGAGGGCGGAGUGGCGACCACGACGAUCCUCCACAAGGUCAAGGUGAAGGAAGAGGCGAAGGAAUGCUGCGGUUAUCAGCAGUUGUCGUCGGCGUCGGUGCCGGCCUCGUCGACGUCAACGGGCACCGGGACCGUCGCAACAGCGACUGCACCGAACACGGCUAUCGUGACCACCGUCGACGGCAAUACCAACAUCAACAAUGUCAAUGCCAACGGCAACGGCAACGGCGUCGUCCCGGCCGCGACCACCGCUCCAUCCGCCACCGUCCUGCCGAAUGAUAGCCCCGCAACCGCUGCUAUUAUCUGCCAUCCGUCGACCCCGGCGCCCUCCGUCACCGUCACCGUCACCGCUAACGCAGAGCCCUUCCCCGUCGAUCUCGAUCUGAAAGCCAAAGCAAAGGCGUGCACCGCGACGAGGGACAAACCGUCGCGGGAAGACGGCCAGCCGGAGGUGCACUCUCCGAGCUCGCAGCAUCAAAGGGUUUCGACGGUGGUGGGCAGCGGUCAACAAAAGCAGAGCAAUGGUCCGCGAUCCGAGUACAAAGGGGCAACCGGUUGCUCGGGAUCUUCGGACAACGACAGUCCUUUAUCCUCGCUCGCCCUGAAGCCCGAAUUCGAGGAUGGAAUUGGUUCUGGUGUCGGUGGUGGCGGUGGCAGUGGCGGCGGCAGUGGUCCAGCUCCUGCCAACUGCAGAACGGAAGAGCAGAACGAUGUACCCCCGCUGUCGAAUGGCACCGCCGGCACCAGAUGCAUCGCCGGUGUUUUCGCCGGCCACGGCAUGUUCAAGAGGCUGCUGGGUACUCUCGUGCAGUUCGCCACGGAUAUCUCUCCGGACACCGGUGACACCGUGCGAACCCUGGUCCUGGCGCUUCUGAGCGGGAGCAUGGCGGCGGAGGAGUUCCACCAGGCUCUGCAGGAAGCUACCAACUACCGUCUGAGAGGUUUCGUGUUACCGUACCUGAAGCACACCCUGCCGUCGUUGCAGAGGGACCUGGGCAAUGCGGCCAGAGCGAGCAAUCAGAGCUCGGCGCAGUUUCUACGGUCGAACGAGACAGCGGUGCUAGAGGCUGUAGGUCUGGUGUCCUCGGGCGAGCCGGUCGAGAUCUUCGGGGAACAAGCUGGUAGCGGAAACGGCGGCAAUCAGUGCUCCGCUCAUUACGGCAUGCGGUCCAAUUCUAAUCCCGGUGUCGGCGGCAUUCAGCACACCGGCAACGCUACGGGCGGUCUGCACCAUUACUCCAGGAGCGAGGCGCACGCACCUAAACGCCGUGCCUCCGACACACCGUACUAUGAGAACGGAGUCCUCUUCGACGACGUGCCAGUGUACGGGAAGAGGUUGUCGAACCCCUGGAGCCACCACCACGCACCUCAGCAACAGCAGCAGCAGACGUCUACAGAAAGCUCCGGCUCUUAUUGCUGGUAUCAUCCUCUUCAUUCGUCGAACGGAUCGAUGCAAGGUCACGGGCAUCGUCACGGUCACGGUCCCAGUCCAGUUCCGCCUAGCCUCGUGCAGAUCAAUCAGAUAAACGCGUUCUCUGGAACGCAUCAUCUAACUCAGCAGCAGCAGCAACAGCAGCAACAACCGCCGAGUCACGCUCAAAUGCAGAACGGGAGCCUGGACGACGAAUGGAAGAACAUCCACGUGAUGCUGAACUGUAUUCUAGGCAUGGUAGAAAAGACGAAGAGGGCGUUGACCAUUCUACAAACCAGGGGAUGCUCGAGUCCCGCGGCUGUACCUCCUUUGGCGAACGCUUCCGCUGCUACACAAAACGGCACUGGGAACAGUGCUGCUGGCAAUAAUCUGUCGUCGACGAAUGGUUCCCAGGUGGAGUCGUCAACUGGAGACAGGGAGGGCAGUUUGAAACGGUUGUCCGGGGAGAUCGUUGCGCAGACUAUCAAGGCUACCGAGGACAAAGUCGCGGAAGUGAAGCGGAAGGCUGAAGAAGCAGUGCUUGAAGUGAAAAGGGCCGCGGUGGCAGAGGUGCAGCGAGCUGUGGCAGCCGCGGUGGCAGAGUCCAGGGCGAGUGAACGACUGCGGGUCCAUCGAAUGCUUGAUCUACCAAUGUCCCAGAGGAACCACGUUCGGCAAGGACCGUUCCUUCGGGUUCAUAGCGACACUAACGGAAGAACGGUAGCGACGCCGACCACGACCUCGAACUCCGCGGCAUCGACCACCGAGGACGAGAAAGACGGACACAUGCAGUCCAUCUCGGGAUCGAGCUGUUGGAACUGCGGCAGACCAGCUCUGGAGACCUGCGGCGGCUGCGGAAUCGCUCGAUACUGCGGAUCGUUCUGCCAGCACCGAGAUUGGGAGGCCGGAGGACAUCAUGCCACCUGCAACAAUCCUCCGACCCGCGAUUCCAGCAGAUCCGCCUCUCGCAGCCCUCCGAGGAUCGUCUCCGGGACGAACGAGGCGGAGGUAACCGCGCCGGCGACGGUCACCGCGCCGUCGAAAGGGAAGUGACGUCACGAUGUAAAAUACAAUCAUGCCCGACGAUUCGCUAAACCGAUCCAUUACGAUCCGCGUUGAUCUAUACCCUCUCUCGUUUCUCAAGUCAUACAUCUGCUGCGUACUUAGUCCCGAGUUUCGUUCGCGGAGGCCGAGUGCCCCAUUCUCGAAGCAGGAAGAAUGGGAGCGUUGGGGCACGUUUGUCUUGCAGCUGCGACGAAGAGCGACGACGAGGGGAAAGAGAAUACAUUUUAUUGUUUUUUAUAACGGAGGCGUUUGAAUGGACGAUCACGGCCUUCGUCGCGGCUACAAUGGGAACGUGCCGCGAAGAAAUGUCUGCCCUCUGUCAUCGUCCAAUUUUUGCCCUAGCGUAGUAUACGAUGUAUAUAUGUCGUAACGACACUCUGUUCUUGCUAAUGAAACGUAGACAAUUAAUCGAUAUCUCGGUGCAUGUGCUUGCACCGUUCGGAACGUCUCUGAUGUCGCUGGCGGGUGGUCGAACUAGCAAUAAAAUGAACGCCACCCUCUUGCACUUGAUGGUAAACGAUGCGUAAAUGCUUCCUGCUACUUCAAGAUAUCGUUCGAUCGAAACGGAACUCCUGCCCGAUUCCAAAAGCGAAAAGACCGUGUCGAACUUCUAUCGCCACCACGAAGAGAUGCGUUACAUUAUACUAUCCGCGGCUAUUUCGCUAACUUUCUUCGCUUUAGCGUGAAAAGAAAACAAAAAACGGUCUUGAGUUCGUGCUCGAAUCGAUGCACGCACCGUGUGCAAGGCAAGGUCGACAUUUUCCUAGUCAAUUGAUAGAUUUAAACGAUUGCGCUAACGAGAGCCGCCUACAACUUUUUACUUUGUACGCGUCGAGACGUAAUCAUCGCAUAAAUUUGUAAGUCUAGUCACCGGGGGAGAAGGAGAUAAUACGAAUUUAUCGAUCGUACGCAUUAGGGAACUUUGCUCAACUAUAGAUUACGAAUCGUUAUAUGUUUUCCUAGCUGCAUUCUGUUGCAGGGAUGUAUGAUGGAUUCUAAAAAGUUGUAUUUACAGAUUCACGAAAUACAUGAUUAUUCUAUGUCA